AUUUUCAGCAUCGGUAGUGACGGCGAGCGAGCCCUGCUUUAUGGCACUGCCGAGGAUAUGCUCUCUACUCUGGGAAUGAACGGGAAGGCAUGCCUAUUGAGGGCAAUCUGCGAAGUCCAGGGACACCAUCUGAACAACUUCGGGCUUAUCGGCGAGAUGUUGAAGCUAUUCUUCACCGCUAACCGAUCGCCGUUUGCAAACCUCCUUAACGAAUACGUCGAGGCAGAAAAUCGAGGGAAGUUUCACGGCGACUGCUGGCCUUAUUUCAAAGAUUGCCCGAAAUCUUUAUUUCUGCCAUCCAAUAACAAGUAUCAGAAAGAUUCGUUGCACGACGAGGAGGAUGAGGAAGACGAACGUUGGAAUUAAAUCUCCAACGAUCUCGACGAAGAGCCCCUCACGAGGAUAUCGGGGCAGAAUCUGAAG